GAGUCUUCUUUACUGACACAUAGUCUCAGAGACCAACGUCCGCAAAGUCGGAGGCCAAGGAGCCAGGUUUCGGAUGCGUCAGAAGACGAGUCCCCAGACCCUGCAUACGGGCAGGCCGCAAGAGGCGACACAAGACUUCGGCAAGCGCCGGGGUUGUUGACGGCCGCCACCACGAAGCCCUGGGGGCCCUGGACACACGGAUCCAGGAGGCGGCACGAGCACGAAGUCGAUGAGUCAAAGGAUGAGGAGAGUCAAGCCUCGAAACUGAAGAAGCUGUUGAAGGCUGCAGCCGAGCACGAAAAGGAGCUCUCAAAGCUAACAGGCGCAGUCAACAGUCUCUUAUUCUCCGGGAAGGAUAAGGUGGAGGAUGGAGCAGCUGAUGAAGCUGAGCCUAGAUACCAAUCCAUCACCGUCAAAGACAGCAUAAUCUACGGGAACAUCAUCGGUGGGAACUCCGAUUCGUCUUCGCGGAACGUUAUCUGGCGACACGACGUGAAGAUGCCAAUGAAAAAGGACUUUGAAUGGCGGCACGAUGUCAACAUGCCAAUUGGCAACACCAAGAAGUCCAUCGAUGAGAAGUCCAUCGAUGUCAGCUCAGGCAAUGCGCAAUGGCGACACGAGGUCUUCAUGCCCAUAGGCAACACCAAGAAGUCUGUUGAUGUCAGCGCCAAUGGAACGAACAUUCGCCACCGAGUGGACACAGACCU